AUGCGGGUCGAUCGAGGCAGCUGUAUCUGCUGCAGCAGCAAAACAUUCCAGCAGCAGCAGCAGCAGCAACAGCAGCAACAGCAGCAGCAACAGCAGCAGCAACAGCAGCAGCAACAGCAGCAGCAGCAGCGACUCUUCCAUUGCAGCAGAUGGCAUCGAGUUCCCGUCCAGCAGCAGCAGCAGCACCAGCACCAGCAACAGCAGCAGCAGCAACAACAGCAGCAGCAACAGCAGCAGCAGCAGCACGAGGAAGACGAUCGCUGCUGCGGCGUGUUGUGGGUUUAA